UACUCCGGAAUACCAACUCAGGACUCCUUUCUCUUACAGCCGCCAUGGUGGUCUUAGCCAACCCUGCACUUCACUCGAUCCCUCUCGUCGGCUCCCCCAAACACGGCGCUCGAUUCCCCGGCAUCCCGGUCGUCGACCUGUCGAGGCCCGGGGCAGGCGAAGCCAUCGUCAGGGCCUGCGAAGACUUGGGCUUCUUUAAGCUCGUCAACCAUGGCAUUCCCGUGGAGCUCAUGCGGAGACUGGAGGCGGAGGCGGUGAAGUUCUUCUCCUUGCCGCAGGUGGAGAAGGAGAAGUCUGGCCCCGCCAACCCUUUCGGAUACGGGGAUAAGAGGAUUGGCGUCAAUGGCGACGUCGGCUGGUUGGAGUACCUCCUCUUCGUGGUCACCUCCGACCCCUUGUCCUGCACAUCAAUGACGGCCUGCUCUUUCCGCUCUGCUUUAAGCGAGUACCUAGUGGCCGUCAGGAAGAUGGCCUCCGACGUGCUCCGGUCGAUGGCCGAAGGUCUAAAGAUCGAGCCGCGAGAUGCUUUGAGCAAGCUUGCGAUGGACGAACACAGCGACGGCAUCAUCAGGCUGAACCACUACCCGCCGUACCCGCAGCUCCGAGGGCUCAACCGCAGCUUGACCGGCUUCGGAGAGCACACGGACCCGCAGAUCAUAUCGGUCUUGCGAUCCAACGAUAGCUCAGGCUUGCAGAUCUCGCUCGAGGACGGCAGCUGGGUCUCGGUUCCGCCCGACCAAGCGUCCUUCUUCAUCAACGUCGGCGACUGCCUGCAGGUUCUGACGAACGGGAGGUUCAGAAGCGUGAGGCAUCGGGUGGCGGCGAACGGCGUCAAGCCACGCGUGUCCAUGAUCUACUUCUUCGGCCCGCCACCGGCGCAGAGGAUUGCACCGCUGCCGCAGCUGAUGGGGGAGGGGAAGCAGAGCAAGUACAAGGAGUUCACAUGGGGCGAGUACAAGAAGGCUGCCUACCGAUCAAGGUUGGGGGACAACAGGCUCGUGCAGUUCGAGAAGUAGCAGGGGUGGUGGUCGUCCAUGAAUGACAGAUGCCUGGGGUAGGCCAACCCAGACCUCCGACCCUGCUUUUGCUACCCAAACUUGGAAAACCAAACAUGUUUCUCCUCCUCCUUUCUUCUCUGUACAAAACCUCGUUUAACAUCUCAGAAGAAAGGCUUUUCUGAAGACGAAGCUAAAA